AUGUAUCCCGAGCGCAUUGGGCGACGAUCACUUUGGCUUGUUGGCAGUGCCGUCAACAUGGCGGUCAUGGCCGUGAUUGGAGGUCUUGGCUUCAAACAGACCAGUGCAACGCUCUGGGCAGUUGGCAUCUUGAUCAAGAACCAGUCCAUCGCAGUAUUGUCGAACUCUUUCACUACCUGGCUCUUCAACUUCACCGUGCCUUAUAUGUACAACGUCGACAGUGGAAACUUGGGUGCGAAAACGGGUCUCGUGUUCGCAGGUGCCUCGGUGCUGCUGUUGUUAGCCUCGUACCCGUUGAUCCCCGACCUGCGCGGCUUGAGCACUGUCGAGGUUGAUCGCCUGUAUGAAAGCAGAGUCAGUCCAAGAGGGUUUCAGCAGCACCGAGAUAGCGGGCCAGUAGCUUAG